AUGACCGAAGAAGUUGAAACGGUAGAUUUGACACCACAAACAAAAAGUUCAGAACCAUUGUCAAAACCUGUCAAAGAACUUACAGAUGAAGAGAAAAAUUCAAUAAUAGAAAGUGCCAGGUCUGGAAAUACAAACCCUAACUACAAAGUCACUUUUCAUAGAAAUGGAACGGCUAGUAUCUCAAAAAAGAAACAGACUCUCACAAAUAAAAUAUUGAAGUCUGAAGGAGCUUUCGAGACAACAGAUGGAAAAGUUUACUUCACUGACCAACAGUUCAUUAUAGAACAUCUCAUUGACUUAGAGUCGAAAUAUUCUAAACUUUACAACAAACACAAAAAGUUGAAAGGAAAACAAAAACAAAUGGCAUAUGAUAUUUAUGAAGAUGUUGACGACACAACUGUUCCUGCAAGUGAGGUAAAGUCAGAGGAACCGAAAAGUGACGAAAAACCGAUAGAAGAAGAAAAACCAAAA